AUGCAGCAGCCGAACAGCCCUGCUGCCCCAGCUAUGAGUCAGGCCGUCUCAGAGCAGCCAGAAUCUCCCCAGUCUAUGCACGUCGUCCAUAUGCGUGGCGGUGGAGGUGGGGAUAUUUGCUGUGGGAUCUGUGUUGGAUUCUGCUGUUUUGAGUGUUGCGAGUGCUGUUGUGGUGAUUGCUGCGGUCCAGAUGGUCCUCCCAUGGGCGGCCCUCCUGGCCCUCCCUGA